AUGUUGUGUACAGUUCUCAGUGAACAUCAUACACCAAACUUCGAACGGACGUCCCGACAGUUGCAAACAUGAAGGCCGCACUUAUUGUUUUCGCCCUCUUCUUCGUCAGUGCUCUGGCACUCACGGACGAACAAAAGGCUAAACUAACGCAGUACAAGAAAGACUGUAUUACGGAUACCGGCGUUGACGCGAAAACGGUAGAGGAAGCGAAGACCGGCAAUUUCAAUAUGGAUGACGAAAAACUGGCCUGUUUCUCCUCCUGCAUGUUGAAAAAGAUUGGAAUCAUGAAUGCAGACGGAUCCUUGAACGAAGAAACAGCCAGGCAAAAGGCACCCGCUGAAGUUACAAAGGAGCAGAUCGAUGACGUUAUCAACAAAUGCAAGGACAUCACUGGCCCCAAUGACUGUAAGAAAGCUGCCAAUCUAGUCAAGUGCUUCAAGGAUAACAAGUCCUUCAGUGUACUUAACUGAACAGAAGAACUUUGUGCAGUGGCGAUUUACUGAUAUUUCAUACAAAGAUUGGAACAAUGCUUAUAGAUAUGAAUGAAUAAAAUAGUUGUCGCAAACUUUU